AUGGAGUGCAUGCGCAAUCAGCUUUACGAAGGCGUUGUGCUCAACGGACGAUACGAGACUAUCUCCCCUCUCAACCAUGGCUCCUUUGGCAUGGUCUUCCAGGCAAAGGACUUGGUAACUGGCGACAACGUCGCCAUCAAGGUCAUUACCAAGCCCACCGCCGCUGUCAACUGCCCUUCGGCCUUUGCUGUCGAUGAACGCUCCGAAGAGCUCGGUGUUCAUCUCCGCCUCGGCUCCCACGAACACACCGUCAACCUCCUCCAGUCGUUCGAAAGCCAGAACCACGUCUACAUUGUUCUAGAGUUCUGCUCCAAUGGCGACCUCUACGAGGCCAUCCGCCACGACCGCGGCCCCAUGGAGACCGAGCACGUCCGCGACUUCAUGAUGCAGUUGGUCAAUGCCGUUGAGUACAUCCACUCCAAGGGCAUCUACCACCGUGACAUCAAGCCCGAGAACAUUUUCCUUACUCAAUCGGGCUCCAUGAAGUUGGGUGACUUCGGUCUUGCCACCUCAGACCCCUGGUCGUGGGAGGUCGCCGUCGGCAGUGACCGUUACAUGGCUCCAGAGCAGUACGAUCCUACCCACGCCGGCUACUCCACCGCAAAGGCCGACAUCUGGGCCAUUGGCAUCGUUCUUCUCAACGUCUUGUUCCAGCGCAACCCCUUCGCUGUCCCUUCCACGUCGGAUCCUCUGUACGCAGACUUCGCUCUUGACCGCCAGAGCCUCUUUGACGUGUUCCCCAACAUGUCGCAAGACACCUUUGAGGUUAUCCGACACUGCUUGGCCAUCGACCCUGAGAAGCGUGACCUCAACGCUGUCAAGGACGCUCUUGCUCGCGCCAUCACCUUCACCACCGAUGACGAGGCUCUUGACGAGUUCUGCACUGAGGAGCACGACGUUGUCCAGGUCGGCGCCAACCGUGAGCCACUCAGGACUCCCUCCAUCAGCACUCCUCAACUCGAUGCUGGUGGUUCGUUCCCCUGGGCGAAGGCGCUUGCCAUGUCUCCACCGCAGCCAAUUCGUCAGCUCUCCGCUAUCCCUGACACUGAGAUCUACGAGGACCAUGUGUACCCUGGUUACUCUUACGCUGUGAAGCCCGAUACUGCAUCUGCCGUAUCUUUUGUGGACUCCGGCUUGGGCUUAUCUUUCAAGUCCUCUGACGUCAUGGAACCGGAGUCGCUCAAUGUCACGCGAUCCCGGCCAAUGCCGAUCUCUGGCUCGCUUCCAGCCAAGCCCUUCAACGGCAUGUCAUCGGUCUUCGGCAAGAAGCGUGACGUCUUCUCCAAGAGCUGGAGCGACUUGUGGGACGAGGAAGACGACGACGCGCAAUUCAUUGCCGAGCUUGAGAACAGCUACCCACCCUUCGCUGCUGAGAAGCAGGUCCAGAAGGUGGUUUCUGAGGCUGGAUCCGGUGUUUCGACCCCUCGUGGUGGUCUCGCCGAACUCAAGAACCCUGCCAUGGUCAACAACAGCAGGAGCCGUUCGCCCAAGGAUCGCGUUGUCGACCACGUCAGCGAGAGCACUGGUUUCGUCUUCGAGGAGCACCGUCAAUCGCCUCCUCCCAAGCGUUCAGCCGCUGACAAGUGGGCUGCGCUUGGCGACCGUAGGCGCAGUCCCGCAGUGCAGGCCAUGCCGCAGACCUCGUCCAAGCCCAAGUCUCCCAAGAUGGCUCAAUCCCUUCCCACCUCCGCCAGGAAGCGGAGCCGGACGGGAACAUGGAGAAAACCAAUCCACUGGGGCCCAGGCCAGCAUGAGAACCAGGUCAAGACUCCAGUGAAGACUGCGGUCAAAACGCCAAUCAAGACCCCGACUCAUUCUGGCUGGGAACAGAAUGUGGACAAUUGGUACAAGAGCAAAGAUUGGCGCCCACUAUUUCAGUCACGUUCAGGAGAACGAUGACAUUGGCGACCUUGGAGUGGGUUAUGGUGGAAAUUUCACCAUUUGUAG